GUGAUGCAACCAGGAGAGGGGGCAGAGGAUCAUCGGGCUGCUCGAAACCGAUGCUGCCCCACCAUGAAGGUGUGGGAUUAGAAAGCUGUUCGUGGCCACAAAUGGAGACCCGCUGGAUUUUCUAUCAGUGCGAUAACUAUGGAAAGUUAGUCGAAUUUGAGAUCAGGCUUUAAAUGUGUGGCCAUCAAAAGGCUCAGCAUGAAGAAGUCAGCCCGGCCAUCGGCAAGUAAGGUCAACGGGGAUCGAGGCAAGUCAGAGACUGCUAGCACUGGAAAGUCUGCGCCCAAAAGCCUCGCCACUGCCCCCCUGCCCAAGGUAAAAAGUAAUGAUGACCUGUUAGCUGCUGUGGCUGGAGGAAACCCUGCAUCAAACUGUUCCGUCACAAAAACCAAGAAGACUGCCUCUGUUGGAACGACUGCAAGCAAUUUGGAAAGCAGGCCAAAGUCAACGUUAGGUGCUUUAUCCAAACGUAUAACGUCAACAAAUUCCAAGGAGCCCAACUCACAGAGAGACCGUCUCCGGACUUCCAGGACGUCAUCCGCUAAAAAGCAGCUGGUGUCGGGGACUGCAGCAGGAGAUGUGGCCUCAGGGAAGCGCUCCCGGAACCAGGUCCUACCAGAGUCAGACAGCCGUAUGAGCAAGUCUAAAUCAGAUAACCAGAUUAGUGAUAAGGUUGUUCUAGAAACCAAAGUGAAGGAUCUGCUGAGUUUGGCCAAAAGCAAAGAUGUAGAGAUCCUGCACCUUCGUAGUGAGCUGAAAGACAUGAGAGCUCAGCUUGGCCUGGGGGAGAAGGAAGCGUCAGCUCAAGAAGAAGCUGGGGAGGAAGAGAAGCCCCAGGUUUCUGCCAUCACAGCAGCUGAUGUGGAGUCCACUCUGAUCCUCCUACAAGAACAGAACCAGGCCAUCCGAGAGGAGCUCAACCAGCUGAAGAGCGAGAACCGAAUGCUCAAAGACCGCCUCAAUGCUCUGGGCUUCUCUUUGGAGCAGAGGCUUGAUGGCUCUGACAAGCUCUUCAACUACCUCUCCCUGAGCCCGGACCUGGCAGUGGCGGGUGCGCCGAGUGAUGUUGGCUGCACAGGUACACUGGCUUCCUCCGUGGAGGGCUCCGCCCCUGGCUCCUUGGAGGAUCUGCUCACAGGGCACCAGCAUGGAGGCUCAGCUGACAACCUGGACAGUGAAUCCAGUGAGGUCUACCAAGCAGUGACUUCAAGCGACGACGCUUUAGAUGCCCCUUCUGGAGCCUCCUCCUCGUCCGAGUCCGAGUGUGCUCCGAGCACAGAGCGCUCCAGACGGGGCAGCAGCGGCAAUGCCAGUGAGGUGUCUGUGGCCUGUCUGACAGAGCGCAUCCACCAGAUGGAGGAGAACCAGCACAGCACUUCAGAGGAACUUCAAGCCACCCUACAAGAGCUAGCCGACCUGCAGCAAAUCACCCAGGAGCUCAACGGGGAAAAUGAACGUCUGGGGGAGGAGAAGGUCAUCCUUAUGGACUCCCUGUGCCAGCAGAGUGACAAGCUAGAGCUGUAUGGCCGACAGAUUGAAUACCUGCGCUCGCUGCUGGAUGAACAUCACAUAUCUUAUGUGCUGGAGGAGGACAUCAAGAGUGGUCGCUACUUGGAGCUGGAGCAGCGUUAUGGAGAUCUGGCAGAAAACGCCCGCUUUGAGAGAGAGCAGCUCCUUGGAGUUCAACAACAUUUGUCCAACACACUAAAGAUGGCAGAGCAGGACAAUGCCGAAGCCCAAGAGGUGAUUGCAGCGCUGAAGGAGAGAAACCACCAGAUGGAGCGCAUCAUGGAUUCAGAGAGGCAGGAUCGAGGCGCCAUGGCGGCCGCAUUGGAUGAGUACAAAGCAGCAGUGAGCAAUGACCAAGCCGAGCUGAACCGCUGCAGAGCCCAGCUGGAGCAAGAGAGGCAGAGGGUGGCUGAACUGUACUCUCUUCACACCGCGGGCGACAAAAAUGACAUCUGCCAGCUGCUAGAGGGGGUACGCUUGGGGAAAGAAGAGGCAGAGGCCAAGGCUGCGAAGAUGGAAGGGGAGCUGGAGCAAGCACACAUCGAACUCGGUCGACUGCAGGAGACCUUCAACAAGUUGGACAGAGAAUACAGAGACUUUCAGCAGCAGGUGCAGCAGCAGAUGGCAGAGCAGGAGCGAGCGCUGGAGAAACAGCGAGUGGAGCUGCAGGAGAAGGAGACGGAGAUUGCAGACAUGAAGGAAACCAUCUUUGAGCUGGAAGAUGAGGUGGAACAGCACCGAGCCCUGAAACUCCACGACAACCUCAUUAUCUCAGACCUGGAGAACUCUGUGAAGAAGCUGCAGGACCAGAAGCAUGACAUGGAGAGGGAAAUUAAAAUUCUUCACCGUAGACUGAGGGAGGAGUCCAUGGAGUGGCGUCAGUUCCAAGCGGAUCUGCAAACAGCUGUGGUCAUAGCUAAUGACAUCAAAUCGGAAGCACAGGAAGAGAUAGGAGACCUGCGGCGCCGACUGCAGGAAGCCCAAGAGAAGAACGAGAAAUUGAGCAAAGAGCUGGAAGAGAUUAAGAGCCGCAAGCAGGAAGAGGAGCGAGGCAGAGUUUACAACUACAUGAAUGCAGUGGAGCGAGACCUGGCAGCCCUGAGGCAGGGGAUGGGCCUGAGCAGACGGUCUUCCACCUCCUCAGAGCCCUCACCUACAGUGAAAACGCUCAUCAAGAGCUUCGAUAGUGCUUCACAAGGUCCACCCUCCAGUCCAGUCGCUACAGCUCCAACAGCCUCCGCAACCCCGUUACCACGCACCCCCCUCAGCCCCAGUCCUAUGAAGACUCCCCCUGCUGCAGCUGUUUCACCCAUACAGAGGCAUUCCAUCCCUGGAUCCAUGUCAGCACCCAAACCUCUCUCAUCCUUAAGCGACAAGAGACCCAGCUACACAGACAUAACCAUGCCAGCCGACCACCUCCUCAGGGGAACCUCAGCGAGCCGACCCCCCCCUGUCCUCCAGAGGGUUUCCAACAUGGACUCCACCAAGACCAUUUCAGUCACACGAAGAAGCAGCGAGGAGAUAAAAAGGGAGAUGUCUGCUCCUGAUGGAGCCCCUUCAUCCAGCCUUCUUCAUCAAGCAAUGAGUGCAGCCUCCUCCCCUUUGUCCCUCUCCUCCUCCCCCACCGCCUCCAUCAACCCGACAACCCGCAGCCGCCUCAGAGAAGAGAGAAAGGAUCCUCUGGCAGCACUAGCCAGAGAGUACGGAGGCUCAAAGAGGAACGCCUUGCUUAAGUGGUGCCAAAAGAAGACUGAGGGGUAUCAGAACAUCGACAUCACAAACUUCAGCAGCAGCUGGAAUGAUGGAUUGGCCUUCUGCGCUCUGCUCCACACUUAUCUGCCGGCACACAUCCCCUACCAGGAGCUCACUGGCCAAGAUAAGAGGAGAAACUUCACCUUAGCUUUCCAGGCUGCAGAGAGUGUGGGCAUCAAAUGCACUUUGGACAUUAAUGAGAUGGUUCACACUGAGCGGCCGGACUGGCAGAGCGUCAUGACGUACGUCACAGCCAUCUACAAAUACUUCGAGACCUGACUUCAGCAGUCGCCAGCCCCGCAGCAGAGUCCACUUCAAAGCUCAAGACAGCCCACCAACUAUGAUACCUCACCUUUGCUCGCUGCACACGCGCCCCCACCAAUCCACCACAGCAGACCUGAACCUCACUGCGCACGGAUGUUUGGACGGUUACUGUUACACUAAUAAGCCAUGAUGAGGGACUCUAGUGAAGGGCUGCUACCAAACGAUCCUCAGCGGAUCCGUUGGGCCCUCAGUUUACGCCUUAAGGAUCCACAUGUGGACAAGUCUGUGCCUUUUGAUUGGCUUCAAAGUUUUCCCUUUUUUAUGUUCUGCUGAAGAGAAUUCAUUCAAUGUGAUAUCAGUUGUGCUGCUUUUUUUUUUUUGUAUCUUGUAAUUCUGAAUAUGACAUGGAUCUGUCAGACUCCGUGUUUUUACACUACAGCAAACCAAAGCUCAGCUGUGAUGAAAGUCUCUCCUCUGAAUCCGCUUUUUUUUUUUCUUUUCUUUUCUUUUUUUAUUCCCUGAUGUUACCUUAUGAUCCAAAAGUCUCUCUUUUCAGGAUAAAGUGCCUGUGAGUUUAGAUGUAGGAGACCAAGACAUGAGCUGCAUUUUGAGAAGCUAAAAGCAUCUACGAGUUGCCAAACAUGUUCCAGAGCUUUGAUUUGACAAAAGCUUUGCUUUUCAAGCACAAAAUCACAAGCUGUAAAGUGAUAGAACACCUUUAUUACUUCUAGUUUUAAUUUACUUUAGGAUGGAAUUCUGUUAAAUGCAGAUCCUCUCGUUUAAAUUACACAGCAUCGCUUCAUCAUCAGACGCUCUCGCCGCACAGGGUAACCAUGUCUUAGCUUGGAGAGAUGCAGACACACACGUAGUUUAAAGGUCGGGUUUGACAUUUGGGGAAAUGCGUUUAUCCUCUUAGUGGCGUCGAAAUGGACGCAGCGAGAACACCACCUCUUUUGUUUGCUGCAUGCGAGGAAGGAGACGGGCUGAAAUGAAAACCAGGGAGAUCUGCUCCGAGGUCAUUAAAAGCAAAAAGCCUCCGUUCCAGCACCCCAAAUGAUUCCUAACAUCCUAUCUCAUCGAUGGGAAAACGACAGCGUUAGGGUUUUAUGAGUGUUUUCCUUGGCUGGAAGCUGCGUCUUCAUGGAGGCUCUUUGUUUUUGCACGGAACAAACAACAUUCAUUAGUGGCUUUUAGGAGACAAUGAUGAUUUUUGUUCUUCAUUUCAGCAAAGUAUCUCUUAUCACCUGCUGGUUGCAGCUUCAUCAUUUCAACUUUGGCCCCUCGCGUUUUCCAAAGCUGUAUUUCCCAAACUUUUCCCUUUGAACGUACAAAUGUACAUUUUUGUGCAGAUCUGAUGGGGUUGUAGCUGGAACUCCUCACCCUGACUGAAGAUGGUGUUCGGCUGUGUCGUCCUCAGCAUAACUGUUCUGCUGUCCAGCUGCUGUGUGGUGAUCGCGCCUCAGUAUGCUAACACAUGUCUGUAUUUAUUUGCUCGACUUCCAUAAGGUCACUGCUUUACUGUCUUAAGCGUUUAUGAAUUUAUUGCACACACACACACAGUAAGUAGCUGCACUGAGAUAAGCUGUUCGGAUAGCACGCUAACUUCCCGCCUUAAGAGCUCGGCUUUCCGUUGGAAAUGUGACGUUUGAGACGGCAGCUGGGGUUCCUCAGACGUUCCUCUGGGAGGAACCAUGUUCCUCAUUUAGCUUCAGGUUGUAACAUCAGAAGCUGAUGGGAACCUUUUGUUUCAAGUGGCUUUUUCUGUUGGCUGCUUUUGAUCAGGAAACCGUUUCACAGAGAGCUGCACAGAUGUACAAACUGCGCUGUAGUGAUCGUUUCUUUUUUUCUAUGAAGUCCAGUCCGUGCUGAUGUGGAGGCAUGGAUGGAAGCAGUCCAGCGAGCAGAAACCAUAGCUGGGAGAGGGACUUUCUCCCCCACCCCCCAUUGACUAAGUUCGGCUGAUGCCCUCAUCCUGUACAGCUUUACAUCAACCAGCCAAGCAAAUGUGAACACUUGUUUGUUUUUAUAUGUAUAAACUUGAAAGUAUUCCGAUCUCCACUGAACUGAUCAGCGUUUGCCUUUUUUUUUUUGUUUGCAGUCUAAUUUUGUACAAACAUCCCAACCGCACUACAUGGCAUUGUGUGAAACUAAAAGCUGAAUGAAAGUGACUGUAAUGUGUGUAAAGGCACUGAGCCUCAGUAUUAAGGGCACACUACCAUGAUAAUCAGCUGUUUGAUGCUUUUAUGUUCUGUUUUCUUCAGUAAAGUGUUAUAAACCAGC